CGAGGUCCCUGAGCCUAGGUGCUUGAGGAGGCACAGCGAGGUACAUCAGACCAGGGAGCAUCCCUUCUACCCUCCUUGACACCCUGUGGCUUCAGACCUUAGAAGUCGUAUUUGCAGACCCACAGAGGACCAAACCUCGGCUGCUUUUCUCCAGCCCCUGUGGCUAGCUCAGGGCAGGCACCUGCGCCCCACGCCGCUGAACCUUGCAGCAUCCCUGGGCGUCUGCCUCUUCGGAAUCCCUCCUGCUCUGUACCACUCCACCACACCCGCGGGUUCUGUUUGCCUCUCUUCCCUAAAUCGCCAAGACUUCAGAACCCAGCGGCACCUUCGAAACACUUCACCCCUUCCAAUCCCUGCUCCUCCUCGUGUCCCACGUGUCUCUUGCUACCAUGAGCUGUCCCAUUGACAAAAGGCGUUCCCUGAUCGCCUUCCUGAGCCGGCUGCGCGACCUCGGGCAGCCCCCUAAACCCGUGACAUCCAAGGCGUGCACUCCCCGCGCUCCAAAAGAGGUGCCCCUCUGCCCGCUGGUGACAAGUGGUCAGAGUCGGGACGCCACCUCCCUGCCUGGACCAACCAACUGGCCAUUGCUAGGCAGUCUACUGGAGAUUCUUUGGAAAGGCGGCCUGAAGAAACAGCAUGACACUCUGGCAGAGUACCACAAGAAGUACGGCCAGAUAUUCCGGAUGAAGCUGGGCUCCUUCGACUCGGUGCACCUGGGCUCGCCGAGCCUGCUGGAAGCGCUAUAUCGCACGGAGAGCGCAUAUCCUCAGAGACUGGAGAUCAAACCCUGGAAAGCUUAUCGUGACCACCGCAACGAGGGCUACGGGCUGCUGAUCCUGGAAGGAAGAGAGUGGCAGAGGGUCCGAAGCGCCUUCCAAAAGAAACUAAUGAAGCCGGUGGAGAUCAUGAAGCUGGACAAUAAGAUCAAUGAGGUCUUGGCGGAUUUUAUGGGAAGAAUAGACGAGCUGUGUGAUGAAGGAGGCCGCAUCAGAGACUUGUACAGUGAACUGAACAAAUGGUCGUUUGAAAGUAUCUGCCUUGUGUUAUAUGAGAAGAGAUUUGGGCUCCUUCAGAAGGACGCAGAGGAAGAAGCUCUGACCUUCAUUACGGCCAUCAAGACGAUGAUGAACACAUUUGGAAAGAUGAUGGUGACCCCCGUGGAGCUGCACAAGAACCUCAACACCAAAGUGUGGCAGGCGCACACUCUGGCCUGGGACACCAUUUUCAGAUCAGUAAAGCCUUGCAUCGACAACCGUUUGGAGAAAUAUUCUCAGCAGCCUGACACAGAUUUCCUUUGUGAUAUUUACCAUCACAAUCAUCUCUCCAAGAAAGAACUGUACGCGGCUGUCACGGAGCUCCAGCUCGCUGCAGUGGAGACGACAGCAAAUAGCUUGAUGUGGAUUCUCUACAAUCUAUCCCGGAACCCCCAAGUGCAGCAGAGACUUCUUCUGGAAAUCCAGAGUGUGUUGCCCGGGAACCAGGCACCACGGGCGGAGGAUCUGAGAAAUAUGCCCUACUUAAAGGCCUGUGUAAAAGAAUCCAUGAGGCUUACCCCAAGUAUACCGUUCACAUCUCGGACUCUCGACAAACCGACAGUUCUGGGUGAAUACACUUUACCCAAAGGAACGGUGUUAAUGCUAAAUACCCAGGUGCUGGGUUCCAGUGAGGACAAUUUUGAAGAUUCCAAGCACUUUAAACCUGAACGCUGGCUUCAGAAGGAGAAAAAGAUCAAUCCCUUUGCCCAUCUCCCAUUUGGCCUUGGGAAGAGGAUGUGCAUCGGGCGUCGACUGGCUGAGUUACAGCUCCACUUGGCUCUUUGCUGGAUCAUUCAAAAAUAUAAGAUCGUGGCUACAGAUGAUGAGCCUGUUGAAAUGCUGCAUCUUGGCAUCAUGGUACCCAGCCGGGAGAUACCCAUUGCAUUCUGUCCACGGUAG